AUGGGGAAAAGAAAACGUUCUUUCCGUCCACCACCUACUUAUGAGACAGGAAAUGAUAAGUUUGACGAUCAAGGUGGAAAAAUAAAGGAGAUCACCACCUGGGACGAUGUAGAGCACGAUUCGGAAGAUGACU